GACGUGUCCUUGGAGAUAACGCCAAGCGGUGUGGAGAACACUGUACCCUUUGAUGAUGUGCUUUUCAACGUCACGGCACCACCACAACUGCAUGCCUCCUCUGGUGACUCGACUGGGCAUGUGGGUCAGCAGCAAGACUGCAGGUGGUAUGAUUGGAGUCCUUGGUCAUACUGUUCAAAAAGUUGUGGUCAAGGAUGGAAAAGUCGCAAAAGGACCGUGGCCUUACAGCCACGGCAUGGGGGCAUUGAGUGCAUUGGCGCAUCUGAGGACUUUGACCGCUGCAAUGAAGUCGACUGUCCGGUUGACUGCCAAUGGGACGUUUGGAGCGAUUGGAGCCACUGUACUGCUUCGUGUGACGGUGGUACACGGCAAAGGGGCAAGCCAGUGAAAAUCCAAAACAAUAGCCUGGGGAAGCCCUGCAACAUGGCAGAGGGCGUCCAAGUAGAGGACUGUUCAACGACGCUGUGUCCACGGGACUGCAGAUGGUCAGACUGGAGUGGAUGGGGCGAAUGUUCAACAACUUGUGCUGGUGGAGUCAAGCUGAGAAGCCGAUCCAUUGCGGAAGCCGCAAUUGCAGACGGCAACAAAUGUGAAGGAGCAACUCAGGAUGAGGAGGUCUGCAACGUGAAGGCAUGCCCAACUGACUGUGUGCUAGCAGAUUGGAGCACCUGGCAACCCUGCUCUGUCACCUGCGGCAACGGCACGACUCUUCGAGAACGCAAAGUUUUGGUUAAAGAGGAUGGUGGCGGCCGGCCUUGCAAUGAUCCCUUGGAAGAGGAGAAGCUUUGUGCUCAGAAGGCAUGUCCAAUUGACUGCAGAUGGGGAGACUGGAGCCACUGGUCGCAUUGUAGUCAAACAUGCGGCAGCAACAUCUCUCUCUGGGCCACAAGUGCAAGGAAGCGCAUUGUAGAAGAAAGUUCUGGUGGAAGACCAUGUGAGGGCGAGGACGAGCAGCAGAAGCUGUGCGGCCAGAAGCCUUGCCCAAUAGAUUGCAUGUGGUCAGAUUGGAGUGAGUGGAAGGCCUGCACCAAGUCCUGCGGCGGGGGAAUUACAGAGCGCUUGCGAAACAUCUCCAUUCCUGCGGCACACGAUGGCAAGGAGUGUUUUGGCUCCACAAGAGAUGUGAAGACUUGCAGCGAAGAGUUGUGCCCCCAAGAUUGCAGCUUCGGCCCCAGAUUCAACUUGUCGGAAUGUAGCCAUCCUUGUGGCGAGGGUUCCGCAAUUCGCUAUCGCAUUGUUGGCACACCGCCAGCACGUGGUGGUCAAGUUUGCCUUGGUCCAAAGCAUGAGACUGGCUCCUGUAACGGCACGGAUUGCGUCACAACAGAAGAGCUGAUUCGGAAAGGAUAUGCAUCCCAGAUUACUGGGGCCAUGCACAUCAUCACAGAAGAUCCCGUGAGCUACGCGGCGAACCCGUUGGUGGAGCAGGUGAGUAGAGAAGCUCUGGCAGAAUUUGCAGAGUUGCCUGUGAGACGUGUACACGUGUCCAUGAUGCCAGAUCUUGCCAAGACCCGUGAUGUUGUCGAAUGGUUCAGCAUGUUGGUGCCAAACUCGACUAACUUGACCGCAGUGUUGAAUUACAUUUCCGAGAAGGAUUUGGCACAUGCUGGACGCAUAUUGCGCAACAAGCUUCGACGAGUAGGCGUGCUUAUUCUCGUCAACAUCUCGCGCCUCUACGUCAAUGCCCACGGCCAGAGGGAGACGGAACCCGCCGUCUUGUCCAACACGACCACCACAGGCAUACCCACUCCUGCGUGGAAUAAUCCGAAUGCCACGCGGUUGACCGGUGUGGUGAAGAUGAUCGUUCCGGAGCCCCUCAAGUUUGCAGAGGACCUGAAGACCAAACAGGCAACCGAGAAGCUGCUUGCAGAGCUGUCAGGCAUUGCAGAGCCAGGUGUACGCGCUUCGCUCAUUCCAGACCAGGUCUAUCGUUAUGAGGCCGAGUUUGGAGAGGACAGCCCGGAUACUGUCGAUGAGGCCGCAAGGCGAAGUAUACCAAGUGAUUCGAUACAAAACAAAAGUGGGGAGGUCCACGCUUGGUUCAGUCUGGUCGGGAAAGUCCAGCCAAAUCGUGAGAUUGCUGUAGAGGAAGCUCGCAGGAUCGCUCAGGCCAUGAUGGCCGAGGACCUGAAGGCUGUGACAGUUCGCAACAACGUCUUCCUUGAAAGUGUUGGCCUCAUCGAUGCGGGCACAAAGGUCAUCCAAAUUCUUGCCAAAGCUGGCGGUGAUCAUGAUCAGGUGGAAGAAACCAUCCUUGAUCAAGGUCCUGGGCAACUGCGAGUGACCGGCGUCGUUGAGAUGAUGACUGACUUUCCCAAGUCGUUUUCUGCGGACCGCCGAUCAGAGGAGGGCUUGGUACAAGCGUUAUCGCAGCUGACUGGCAUGCCAACGAGCAGCAUUCGAGUGUCGUUGGUGCCCAGCGAGUCCCGCAUCGAGUCGCUGCUGCAACAGCCUGUUGAGGGAGAGGUACCUCCAGACUCUCCAGUGGAUGCCAAGGACGCCUUUGGCAACGAAGUCUCUGCCUGGUUUGUCAUCACGAUGUCCUCGCAAGAAGACAAGUCGCCUGAAGACAUUGCAGAGAAGCUGCGCAGCCAGGACCUGACACUGGCUGGGCUCAAGAUUCAGAAUUGUAUCAUGGAUGAAGGUCUUGAUUUGUCCGUGAAGGUGGGUCGCAUUACGGCCAUGGUUCAAACCACCGCCACUACCACUCUGGCCACUGGAGUGAUCAAGAAGGUGGACUUCCACAACGAUGCUGGUGCAGAAAGUGCAAGUAUGCCAACUAACACGACUUCCGCUGCAACUGCGGCGCAAGCAGUCAUGCGCUCAUCUGUCGUUGGAGCGGACGCCUCCACUCCGGCCAAAGUGAUUGCCGUGGUUGCCGCAGUCUCGCCCAACGAUGUCGAGCCACCGACUAUGUCCAAUCCAGGCAGCACGCAGCAAAUCCCAGAGAAAGUAUACGGCAAGAGUGACCAACCUCAGCUAGAAGUUCCAUCAUCCUCCAAUAUCAGGGAGUUUGUGGUACAUGCCUUGUGGAAAGACUUGAUCUCGCAGGAUUAUGCUGCGGUCGAUGAGGGGUUGUUGCCCUUUUAUGUUGCUGGGCUGUUCGCUGCAGAUUCGCCCACAACAAGUUGCUGCCAUAACAACAAGAAAAAAAACUACCACGACAAGAUCGCCUGGAAGCAACAGCGACAAAAACUAAAGGAUUCAAGUAGAUCUUCCCAAGCAAUACGGAGCGCAGGCCCCUCACAUGUGGAGCCCCACAGCCCGCUGGGCCUCCCUUCACUGCUCCAUGAUUUCGGCACUUUCAGCCCUCCAAAGCCCUAA